AGGCGGAAACGUCUAAGCACAUGUUUUGACCCCGAAAGAAAUACCCAAGACAAGACCGUUAAAGAACAGAAAAAUAGUUUGAUUCUCCACUGUCACUGAACCGGCUGAGUUUUUGCGUUUUAGUCUUUGAGAGACCCAACCCAACUCAAAAACAUUCCUUUCCUUUCUUUUCACUCGCUUUCCCUUUUAAUUCAGCUUCCUAAAUACGAUUCCCAGUCCAAUUCAAUUCUUCAGUUUCUCUCUCUUUCUUCUCUGUCUAUCUAUAGAUAAUUGAAAACUAAAAAGCUAUGUGAGGUGUACAAAGAUGCUGAUCGCUGGUCUUUGAUGAUGUCUCAACCAAGAUUUAUGUCAUACAGCCCAUUCUUUCUUCAUGACCUAGUUGACUAACAAAAUGCUUUCAACAUCCAAGUUCCAAAAGAGACCAAAGAAUGGUUCAUCAAACUGAUUUGGUUAUUAUUGCAGUCUCUGUUGGUUUGGCCUUUGGUAUCUUGAUAGCUUUGCUGGUAUUUUUUGGCAUAAAAUGGUAUAAGAACCACGCCCAUCUCCGACAGUGUGUAAAUGAGCGAAGUCUUACAACUCUUCCAAUACGUGUGAAUGGCAUGGGGACGAGCACUGACUUUAGUGCAUCACUUGCUAAUUCCAUGACCAUCAAGGGAUCAGAACCACCUCGGAGAAGUUCUCAGUUUUUUUGGUGGAGUAAUCAUAGCAAAGAUCGGUUUACAACUGCAUCAGGCAUACUUAGAUAUUCUUACAAAGAUAUUCAGAAAGCUACACAAAAUUUUACAACUAUUCUGGGUCAAGGUUCAUUUGGUCCUGUAUAUAAAGCUGUGAUGCCUGGUGGAGUGGUAGCUGUCAAGGUUCUUGCUUCUAAUUCAAAGCAGGGGGAGAAAGAGUUUCAAACGGAGGUAUCUCUACUGGGAAGGCUUCAUCACCGGAAUCUUGUGAAUUUGCUAGGAUAUAGUGUUGAUAAAGGACAGCGCAUGCUGAUAUAUGAGUUCAUGAGUAAUGGCAGUCUGGCAAACAUUUUAUAUAAUGGUGAACUAAUUUUGUGUUGGGAAGAAAGGCUUCAAAUUGCUCUAGAUAUUUCACAUGGAAUUGAAUAUCUUCAUGAAGGGGCAGUCCCACCCGUCAUACAUCGCGAUUUGAAGUCUGCCAACAUACUGUUGGACCAAUCAAUGAGAGCUAAGGUUGCUGAUUUUGGACUUUCAAAGGAAGAGGCCUACGAUGGGCGCAAUUCUGGUCUGAAAGGCACAUAUGGCUAUAUAGACCCAGUGUACAUGACUACGAACAAGUUCACCAUGAAGAGUGACAUCUACAGUUUUGGCAUUAUCAUAUUUGAACUCAUUACCGCUAUCCACCCGCAGCAAAACCUGAUGGAAUAUAUCAAUCUUGCUGCUAUGAGUCCCGAUGGCGUUGAUGAAAUACUAGAUGAGAAACUAGCAGGAGAGUGCAACAUUGGAGAAGUUAGGGAACUAGCUGCCGUUGCUCACAAAUGCUUGCACAAAUCGCAAAGGAAGCGGCUUUCUAUAGGAGAAGUUUCACAGGCAAUACUGAAGAUAAAACAAAGGCACCUUAGUAAGGAUGACACCAUGUCUUUCGCUAGUCGAGAUUUUUCAAGAGCUGUUAGCAAGAUAGAGGAUCAGCAGGUUGAGUUGAGUAUGAUGACCAGUAUAAAAGAGGACAAUUAAUAACGUUUGGUUUUGUUUUCUUCCUUUAAUCUUUUGUCUUCUGCUCUUAAUUUUCUAUCAACACAUAGAAUGUGAUGCCCAAAUUAGGCAAAUGAAUAGAUGGGAAUGUUGUGGAACGAGUAAUUUAAGGUUACUAACAAGUAGUACAGAAAUACAAAUGCUUCUACAAAGGAACCAUUUAUUGUAACAAUUAAGUUGAUCCGAAAGAUGGAUCGACGAUUCAAUGUUCAGAAGCUGCAGUAGUUGAAUGCUGUUUCUACCA